AUGUACGGCCCUCCAGUGGAUCUCUCAUUCAAAGACAUCAGCCAUGUUACAGGUUCUCUGUCAGAGGUACCCCGAAGUGGCCUGCGGCCUUUAAAGACAAACUCGAAGAGGAAGUACCUGAGCCGCGCUUUGCGUCUCAGUAACAACAACAUCCCUGACCUCGUUGGCCUCCAGUACACCCUCAGCCACUUUCUGGCUCAGCCAUUGAAGCUCGGCUGGCUCGACCUGUCCUGCAACAAAAUCACAUGCAUAGACCCAGUUUUGUGCGAGCUGCGUGAACUACGUGUGUUGUACCUUCAUGGCAACAGCAUCUGGAACCUGUCAGAGGUAGACAAGCUGGGAGAGCUGCAGUGUCUACACACCAUCACGCUGCAUGGAAAUGCCAUAGAACUCCACAAAAUCUACAGGAAUCAUGUGAUUGCUGCCCUGCCUCAGUUGAAGACGAUGGAUUUCAGUGCUGUGACACGUGCGGAGCAAGUCUUGGCCAACGUUUGGUACACUGACGUCAAACGUGGCAGAAACACCAAGGAGAGUCUCCAGUGA